CCAAAAUCAAUAAAAUAUAAAUUAAAAAUUAACCAAUAUAAUAUAAUAUAGAGGCAUUUUGAUUGAAAUCUUCACAAGCUCCGGUAAACUGAUAAAUUGAGUCGACAAUGCAAUAAAACAAUAAUCACUAGUGAAAUUUUGUCUUGAUUAGUAAAAUGAGUGCUGACCUAAUUGUGGACCCCCAAAUCCGCUUCUGGGUAUUCCUGCCCAUCGUAGUUAUAACGUUUUUGGUGGGUAUACUUAGACAUUAUGCUUCGAUCCUAUUAUCCAGCCAAAAGAAAGUGGAAAUGCAGCAACUGGCAGACUCUCAGCUGCUUUUAAGAGCGAGAGCCUUGAGAGAAAACAGUGGCUACAUUCCUAAGAACUCUUUCCUGAUGCGCAAGCAAGCCUUCAAUAAAGAAGACGGCUAUCUGAUGCAAAAGCGGCCCCCAGUCACCCAAAACAUGAUGACAGACCCCUCCAUGAUGACAGACAUGCUCAAAGGCAAUCUGACUAAUGUUCUGCCCAUGAUCAUCAUUGGAGGCUGGAUCAACUGGGUGUUUUCUGGCUUCAUAACCACCAAGGUGCCGUUUCCAUUGACCUUGAGAUUCAAACCUAUGCUUCAAAGGGGCAUAGAACUGUCCCACUUGGACGCCAGCUGGGUAUCAUCUGCUUCAUGGUAUUUUCUCAAUGUUUUUGGGCUGAGAAGCAUUUAUACUCUGGUGUUGGGGGAGAAUAAUGCUGCAGAUCAGAGUAGGCAGAUGCAGGAGCAAAUGCAGAUGACAGGGGCUGCUUCAGGAAUGCCAGCAGACCCUAAAGUGCCUUUCAAGGCUGAAUGGGAAGCAUUGGAGAUAAUGGAGCACCAGUCAAAGUUAUUUGAUGCUGAAGAUGUAUUACAAGAAUGAAGGCACCUGUUAUUAUUUAUUGUUUAGUUUAGUGAAACUUAAAUGGAAUAAAGAUAUAUGCCCCAAGUUUCAACAAUUUUCUUACAUUUUUGUUUGGUGCUGAAAUUAUUUUUCAUUUAGUC